UGAACCUAUAUGACUGACGCCCACGUUUGCUGCCUGCUGCAGAAUGAAGCGUGACAACUCGGCUCAGCCCGACAGAGCAGAAGAGCGUUGGUGAGCGGUUGCUCAAAUCCCAUUGGUCAGCAGAGUAGGCGGGUCUUCCUGCACUCGGACUCUCCUGGACUCCGAGCAUUUCCCCAGGACUCCGUGUUCUCGUGUUUGCUUUUGAGUUCAUGUGAUCGCACAGGUUUGUUGUGGGAAGGGAAGCAGGUCAAGUUCAGACUCGUCCUCGAUCUGCUGCAGCAGCAACACCGACAAGCAGUCAGUCAUGUUUCCGCACCUGAACGCAGCACGAGCCACAGCUCUCGGUCCGUUUUCACUAUCACUUUAGGCCAGUGCGGGUUAAAUCGACAGGUUUGAGAGCGUGUUGAACUUCAAAGCUCGGUCGGAUCUGCCAUGGAAGAACCAGCAACGUUACAGGGGUCCAGAUCUGGACCCACGGAGAGCUGCUUUGACAGGACUUAUUCGGCUCUAAGCCUGGACGAUGUGUACGAAAUCGCCAAAGUGAUCGGUACCGAGGUGGAGAAGCUGAUCGACGGCUACGGCAAAGAGAGCGUCCUGGGGCUGGUGCCCAGGAUCGUGAAGGUGCUGGAGCUUCUGGAGAGCUUCGUUUCCACAAACCACGCUCACAAGCUGAGGGAGGAAGAGCUGCUGAAGACGUUCGAGGCGAUUCAGCUUCAGCAGCAGAGGAAACAACGUUCGGGAGGCAAGGAGGGGGAGGAAGGCUGCGCGGAGAGGAGCCAAACACGGGAGCUGCAGCAGAAGGAGGAGCAGUGGAGGACGAGGUGUGAGGAGCUCCAGGUCCAGGUGCAGCAGCUGCAGGAGGACAGAGAGGAGUUGCAGAGCAGGCUAAAGGGCAGCAACGCACAGGAGGACCACAAGCAGCGUCAGGAGCGGGAGGUGAUGCUGAAGCUGAAGCAGGUGGUGGACAAACAGAGGGAUGAGCUGAGAGCCAAAGGUCAGGAGAUCACCACCAUCUCCAAAGAGGUGGAGGCGCUCCAGGAGCAGCUGGACCGCUUCAUGAAGAUGAACGCCGAGCUGCGGCACAAGCAGAACGUGCUGCAGGCUCAGCUGAAGAGCAUGGUGGAGAGGAAGGCCGACGUGGAGGCCGAUCUGAAGGAGAAAUCCAAAGAGAUCGAGAACCUCCAGACGCAACUGAGCCGAACCAGCGGGGGCAGCCCUAUUAGCUGGGGUCAGAGAUCCCGCGGUUCCUCCAGAGCCUCAUGCGGCGAGCAGAACGAUCCAGAUCAACCAUGCUUCACCAAGAAGGAGGUGCGUGACAUCAUCUUCGAGAGGAACGAGCUCAAAACCAACCUGUUCCUGGUGCAGGAGGAGCUCAACUACUACCAGAGGGAGAUCCUAAACGAGGAGCGCUGCCCAGGUUUCCUCUUGGAGGCCGUGCGCUCGGCCAUCAAGAAGAGGAGAACGCUCAUCAAGGCCAAGAUGCUGGGGAUCUCUGUGAAUGAAUGCAGCAGCAGUGAUGAAGAGGAGAGGAGCUCCCUGUUUGGACAGACAGAAGUGGACGGACAUGGAGUGGACCACACUGACAAACCAGCCGAGUCACGCAUUAGAAACUUCUUCGGCUUCCUGACUCGCUCCGGCAGCGGACGUAGCCCCGCCCACAUGAGUAACUCUGCCUCUGGAUGGGAGAUCAUCGGAGACUCGGAGGCUGCAUAUGAGACAGAUCAGGGAUCUGAGUCUUCCUGAACCUGGCGCCGUUCGCAGCUCUAACAUCUGCAGGACCUCGACGCAAAAGCUAAGACAAAACCCACAGUUUUACCUCCAAACGUAGAGUGAGAGUUUUGUUUGAAGAUUUUUAUUUUAUUUUCUAACCGUGAACUAAAAAAACAAACGACAAAAACGAAUGGCACGGUGAAUUUACUGAUCUAGUCACGGUGACAUGAGGUCAGUGUUUGUUUGCUUUAAACUUCGACCUCUCAUUUGAGGAUUAAAAGAAUAAAUGAAACAAACACUAUAUUUUCUCUCAUUCCCCUUUCCCUCCUGUGAUAAAUAAGAGGAAGUGAGAGUUUUAUUAUCAGAACAAAAACCAACAGCUCUGUUUACUGCAGAAUCUUCGGACAUUUCUAAGACACAAAAUAAUCCUAUUUAAAAAAAAAAGACUUCUCAUUUUUAAAUACACAAUAUGUUUUAUUUGUGUUGUCGUUUGUAUUUAAAAAAAAUCUAUGUACACUUCGAUAUUUAUAUGAAUAUUCAGCGUUUAAAGCGAAACCAAAGAUAUAACAGUAUAGUGUGCACCGUACCCCUUGUCCACCAGAGGGCAUUGUUUCUUUUUUUUUUAAAUUUUUAAUUGAAGCACUUUCUAUUUGACAGAACGUUGCACCAGAACCUUUUACCAUUGUAUAUUAUUAAACGAGUGCAAAACAAACAAAAAAAAAAUAUUUUCUUAACUUUUCAGUCUUUAGUCUUUGCACUGUGCCACAGUUUUUAAAGUGUCAAAUGUUUUUUCAAAUUCAAAUGUGUGAAGUAUUUUGUGAAUAUGAUCUGACAGAGCCACUCAGCUCAAUAGCAGUGGUCAGUCUGUCCAGUGAUGUAACGCACUGUAUGUUUUCCUGCGUAACGUCUGUUUUUGUAUGAAAACAGUAUGAAAUAAUAACUUGUAUGCUGAAAAUUGUAUUUCUAAGAUCUGAGUUGUCUUGUGACUGAAUAUAAAUGUGUUUUUUCUCAUCAUGAAAUGGCACGAUUCAAAUAAAUCCAUUCAACUCUGUC